AUUGAGUGGUUGAUCUGGGCUAUGGGAGAAAAGUUUCCAUCUUUCACUUUUUAGCACAAGCUGCUUCUCAACUCAAUAUAGCUUGCAUCUUGUAACUCCAGCAGUUUUGCAGCCAGUAAUCACUACAACAUAAGCAAGUGAUGACUGGUAACAAGCAUAUACUGUGUUGGUUAAUAAAUUCUUGCUAGUGCCUUGUCAUAUUUGGUGAAUGAUCAGAAUAGACGUUUCAAAGUUAAAUUCUCGUCACACUAUUUUUUUCAAACAAAUCGGCUACAGAAAUGAUAUAAUAGAGUAAAGUGAUUUUGGAAACAUCAAGUAACUACAAGGUUAUGUUAUCAUCUAGAAAGAAAUGGAGGCAAGUCAAGGAACUCUUCCUCUCAAUACAUGCCAUGUCCAAAAGCCGUUGCUUAUCAUCAAUAGGUUACACAUGCUCCUUCAUUCCACGGCUUUAGGCUUCUUGUUCUAUUACAGGGUGAGGUUUCUUUUUCAAAAUCCAGAAAACAGGGGAAGCCAUUUGUUGCCAUGGCUCCUUGUUUUUGCUUCAGAAAUCAUUCUCUCCUUCAUUUGGUUCCUUGGCCAAGCUUAUCGUUGGCGUCCGGUUUCACGAUGUGUCUUUCCAGAAAGAUUGCCAGGGGAUGACAAGCUCCCUGCUGUUGAUGUGUUCAUAUGCACUGCUGAUCCAAUUAAGGAGCCCACUAUAGAGGUGAUGAAUACUGUUUUAUCAUCCAUGGCACUGGAUUAUCCUCAAGAGAAGCUUCAUGUGUAUCUUUCAGAUGAUGGGUGUUCCCCCAUUACCCUGUAUGGUAUGAGAAAAGCUUUUGAGUUUGCAAGGUGGUGGCUUCCCUUCUGCAGAAGAUACAGAAUAAAGAACAGGUGCCCGAAAGCAUACUUUUCUUCUGUGGAAAUUGAUGAUAGUGAUUUUGUCAGAAGUAGUCUGUACAUGGAAGAUAAGCAAAAGAUCAAGGGAAAGUAUGAGGCUUUUAAAGAAGAUAUACAGACAUUCAUAAAAGAUAAGGCCUUUUCCAAAGACAGUAUUACUGUUGGAGAUCACUCACCUGUCAUUGAGGUAAUGCAAGAAAAUAUCAUUGAUGAUGUGGACAAUGUCAAAAUGCCUCUCCUUGUCUAUGUUUCUCGAGAGAGAAAGCCUUUUAGUCCGCACCAUUUCAAGGCUGGAGCUCUCAAUGCCCUUCUUCGUGUAUCUGCUGUGAUGAGUAAUUCUCCCUACAUCCUAGUUCUAGAUUGUGACAUGUUCUGCAAUGAUGCAACUUCAGCUCGAUACGCGAUGUGUUUUCACCUUGAUCCAAAGAUAUCAUCUACCUUAGCUUUUGUUCAGUUUCCUCAGAAGUUUCACAACAUUAGCAAGAAUGACAUCUAUGACAGUCAGCUGAGAUCAUUAUUUACGUUACAAUGGCAAGGCAUGGAUGGGCUUAAGGGACCUGUGUUGUCAGGUACAGGCUUUUAUAUGAAAAGGGUAUCACUGUACGGAAAUCACGCGAAUGAAGGAAGGACUCAUAUGCUGCCACUUCAAGAAUAUUUUGGUUCAUCUAAUGAAUUCAUCAACUCACUUACUCAAAACGACACAAGUGUUUUUUCGUCGGGUCAGAAUACAUUGCUCGAAGAACCUCACUUGUUGGUUUCUUGUAGAUAUGAAAUUGGCACUAAAUGGGGACAAGAUGUAGGUUUCUUAUAUGAUAGUGUCGUAGAAGACUUCUUAACUGGAUUUAUCUUGCAUUGUAACGGAUGGACUUCCGUUUUCUGUGAACCGUCUAGGCCACAGUUCCUUGGUACAGCUACAACAAAUUUGAAUGAUGUACUUAUCCAAGGCACUAGAUGGUACUCUGGUUUGUUUGAAAAUGGUAUAAGUAAGUUUUGCCCCCUAAUAUAUGGGUCUUUAAGGAUGCCACUACUGCAGAGUCUAUGUUUUGCAGAACUCACAUAUUUCCCUCUAUACUGCCUGCCCCUUUGGUGUUUUGCUACCAUCCCUCAGCUCUGUCUACUAAACGGAAUACCCUUAUACCCUAAGGUUACAGAUCCAUAUUUCAUUAUCUUUUUAUUCAUCUUUGUAUCAUCUCUUUCAAAACAUUUACUAGAAGUCUUCUUAACUGGGGGAACACUACAAAAGUGGAUCAAUGAGCAAAGAAUCUGGAUGAUGAAAUCAACUACUUGCCAUUUAUAUGGAUGUUUGGAUGCUUUACUGAAGAAAAUUGGUAUAAGAGAAGCUAGUUUCUUGCCUACAAAUAAAGCAGAGGAUGAUGAACAAACUCUGCUAUACCAAAUCGAUAAAUACAACUUCCGAGCAUCGAAUAUCUUUAUAGUUCCAAUGCUUGCCCUCCUCACAAUCAACAUAUGUUGCUUGGUAGUUGGAGUCUAUAGAGUGAUAUUGGUGGGUGAUUGGGGCAAAAUGUUGAUACAGAAUGUCCUUGCAGGCUUUAUCAUUACAGUGAACUACCCUGUCAUUGAAGGGGCGGUGAUAAGGAAGGACAAGGGACGCAUUUCACAGUCCGUAGCUAUACAUGCUAUCUUGGCUACUAUGUUUCUUUUGGCAUUUUAUAAACUAGUAUUAGUAAAUGUAUAGUAUGCUCUAUAGACGAUGUACUGUCAUAUAUUUCAGUUCUUGGAUUUCUACUUUGCCACAUCUUCGCAAAUUUUAUAUAAUGUCUGUGUAUGGAAAGUUAGUGGUUCGGUUACCUGUCACCAUCAAGAAUUGAUUUAUUAUAUAUGUGCUAACCGAGCUCUUAUCCAAGUCAAUUUAAGAAAGUGAAUUUAACUUUUUUUCA